AUGUCAGCCACGCCUACCAAUCCCCCUCCUUUCUGGCAACCGCGCCCCGCCGACUUCCAAAUUCCCGCUGCCGACCAACACAACCACGCCCCUCAGGGCCAGAGCGGUGGACCGCCACCUUGGGCGCGACCUUAUCAGCCGAAGGGCUAUCCGCCCCACCAAGGAUACCCGGAGAACCGUAGGGAUGAACCCUCCCCUCCGACGCUAGACCCACGCGCGCCGGGUUUCAAGCCACGAGGAGAUCGUAAGGGGCCUGCCAGCUCUAGGUCCGAAACUACGAGCAACGCGCCGGCGGAUGUGGACAUCAAUCGCUACUUGCAGGACAGGCCGCCUGGGCUUCCCUCGCCGGAUCUAGGUACAAAGGGUCAUGCAUCUGGCCACCUUCCUCCUCAAGGAGACGCCGCACUGGAGUUGCUUGCGCUCUGGGAGGAACCGGAGGAAAAGUGGCUAAUGGGCGCGGACACGGACGGCGGGAGCAGCAGGCGCGCAAAGACAUCGUCCAAAACGCAGUCGGUGGCCGAGAACGCCAAACGAGAGUCCACGGAGGGAGUCAAGUCUGGGCUUGUGGAAUCGUCUUCGACGGCGGCUUCGAAGGAAAUCGCAGGGCAGCCAUUGCUGGCCCGCGUUCCUACGCCCCUCGUGGAUACCUCGGAAGUCCCCUCCCCAAUCACUUCCUCCGCGAUUCCUGGCGUACGGGAUGGGACAGAGUCCUCCGCCUGCGAUGGCAGCCUCGACAAGGAUUUCCCUCGGAGCCCUCAGCUUGAAGUCUGUGCUCCCCAGGGGGUACCUGCCGACAAAGCGAGAUUGCUGAGCCUUUCCGAAUUGGACUCAUUGGCACCUGUAGAAGGGCAGAUUGGAGACUCCACGCUCCCGACCGCGAGGACGGCAUCCCCGACGACUUCUGUUAGUACCGCUGGGGGGACACGGACCUCUGACGAGUCUCUCGCAGACUAUCCCGUACUCACUCCCACUCCCACCGCAUUGUCCUUCUCGCCCGUCACCGUUACCGCGUAUUCUUCCCGUGCCUCCGAGUCCACGCCCGACUUGGACGACGAUCGCAGUUAUGCAACCUCUGCCGCCAGCGCGUACACCCCCGGACGCUCUGUCACUUCCGUGGAGCGCAGGGCAGGACCCAUCGGGCAACAGCUGCGUGAGGCGAGGAUCGACCGCCUUGAAGCGCGAAUCGAGGUACUUGCAGCGGAUUUGGAGAUCCUUCGGCUGGAGUUGGCGCAACUGCGUGGAGAGUAGAGGGCGCGAUAUGCACGGAGUUACGACAAAUUGGCAUGCGUGGGUUUGUAGGGAGUUAGUAAACUGGUUG